AUGAUCCUGUUCUGGAGAAAGACUGGUUGUAAAUUUCGGGAGCCACGAGCUGGAAGAUAUGCUGUUGAAGAAGGAAGAAGUUUUUGUAUGUAUCAAGAUGAUGACUGCUGCCACAUUGAUGAAGGCGAACGAGUUCUUGUCAACCGCAAAUUGCAAUCCAAAAACCUCUUCCACGAUGCUGCUGUGGAAAAGGUGGAAAGAAUUCGACACUUGAGAAGGAGCUGUAGAUGUACUUUCAUGAUCAAAUGGCUCGAUAACGACCUUGAAGGACAAACCCUUACCGUUCCAUCAAGUUCAAUCAUGAAGCUUGCUACCAAGAGCAUCAGUGACUAUCCAGUCGUUCAUAUACUUUUAAAACCAGAAAAAGAUGCAGAUUUAUCAUAUUCAUCUCCUUUAUUGACCACUCCCGACGAAAAUGAUGCUAACAUAGAACUUAAUAAGUUGCUGCAAAAGCAAAUAGAACAGAUUAGCAACUUAGCUGAUGCACCUGAGAAAGAUUUUCCAGAUGAUUUUCUAUGGAGAAACAAAGUUCCUAGCAAGGGACAAACACCCUGCAGGCCUACUGUUAAAUCCAAUGCAUGUAUUCCAUCGUUGAAGAGGAUGACACGGGGUAAAACGGAACUGCAAGUGGAUAUAGAAACCAAGGAUCAAUUUGGCACUAUGGCUUCCAUACAAGAAGAAUUCAUUCAGAAUAGGUCUCAUCCACUCCCUCUUUCUUUGAGUGCAGCUCUAGCAUCAUCCUUGUUAAGUGCUAAGAAGCGUCUUGAAAUGGAUUUUAAUUCCUGUAUGACUGCCGACAUGUUUAUGAAAGGUAAACAUUCCACGGAAAUAUUGGCCAUUUCCAUUCUACUUGUUUCAGAUGCUUCCCAAGCAAUAUCGCCAGUAUUUCCAACCAAGGGAGAUGCAUCAUGCAAACCUUCCUCUUGUGUACCAACUAAGGUUUGGGGAAACGAAAAUAAGACCUCGGAAAAGAUCAACUGUGAUGCUGAAGAUAGGAUCUCUGCUCCUGUGAAGGUUACAGCUGAAAUAGUUACCUCUGAAGUUGCUAUGACUACUGAUCUUGCAAUUGCUAAAAAUAAGAAAUCCUCUGUACUUAAAGAUUUUAAUGCAAGUUCAACAGCUCCUAUGAGAUUAACUCGCUCAGCGAUGCGGAAAGGGGCUGUGUUUCCAAAUGAAUGCACUGAGGCUGAGAUCUGCACGGACAACAAAAAGAGAAGGAUAUCUGGGAACAAAAACAAGUUGAGUCAUUCAACAGUUCAUCAAGAAAAUGAAAAUUUGGCCAAUGAAGAAGAGAACAACGCAACUCCUUUUACAGGUUCAGGUUCAUCUGAAAGAAACAUUGUUAUUCCUGAGAGAAAUGUAUCUGGAACGGAAAGCACAAAAGACAAAAGAUGCCUCUACACCAUGCCUGGCUGGACAGGGUGGUAGGGGUGAUCACGGCAAGAAGAGAAAAGUGGUUAAUACCAAUAAGCAAGGGCGACGUUUUUCACCUCGAAAUUUUCUACCCCGGACUCGCUCCCAGACUAGGUCCCACCACAGGAAGCAAGAGUAACUAUUAGCAGUUAGAACACUUGCAUUGCUAGCUCAGGUGUACCGGACAUGAUCUA